AUGGGAUGCAAUUACACUCUGAGUGAGGCCGAAGAACUAAUUCAGGGUCUGAAGCGACUGAUUCAAUGCAGUGACUACGCCGAACAAAUUCGACUUCUCACUUUGGCUCCUCGCAGCUGGGGUCGAGCCAAAGUCGAAUCAUUUUUCACCUGCUCAGAGCGUCAAGCUCGAUAUGGCGUUUAUCUCCGCGAUUCUGGUCGUAUCUUACAUCGUCCCGUUGAUCUCCGAGGAAAUUUACCAUUCGAUCCACAGAUCGAAAAGAAGAUUUUCGAGUUUUAUCAUGACGAUAUGAUUAGCCGGGAUCCGACCAUGCGUGUCGGUAAAUCGAAGUUCUGCUCAUUGAGACCGAAGUGGAUCAAGACCAUUACUCCCCAUGACGGAUGCGCAUGUGUCUACCAUCAAAAUCCAACUCUGCUGAUCACCGCAUGGAAUCGCAUCAAUCAUGCGUCAGUCGAUUUGAAAGGAUUGAUUAGUGAACUAGUGUGCAGUACAUCUCUCCCGGAGUGCUAUGGUGGAGAGUGCAACACUUGUGGUGAUCGUUUACCAUCGGAUGUGUUGAUGUUGAGUUUUAGUGGUGAUGAAGAGGAUGAAGUCACAUGGAUGCAAUGGAAGAAGACAGAGAAAAGAGCCGACAUCCAACGAAUCUCAGGGUCCAUCGCAAAUCGAUCGUCGACAAUGAUCCGAACAGACUCCUCCAUCGAAAAUCCAUCAUCGACAAUGAUCCGAACACUCUCGUCGACCGAAGGUCACUGGAAUUCACUUCCGUUUCUUCAAAUUAAUUUUUUCAGCAUUGAGCAGACCAUCGUUGAAGGCUCAUACCAUCAACAAUACACGAACGAAGAGUAUGAACUCAGUCGUGGAGCAGGCGACUUCGUGCCAUAUCCACUUCAGUAUCAACGGUUGCCGUUGAAGAACAUUCGAUAUCGGGAAAAAUCCAGCGUUGAGUUCACUAGUCGUCGUCUGUUCAAAGGACCAACAGUGAAGACAUGUCAUGCAACAUUCGCGGGUGUCUAUGCAAUUGAGUCGCUGUCAGCGUCUAGCGGAAAGAGUUACAGUUUCAAUACUCUAUUCAGUGAUGGAACCGUUGUUGUCUUGAUUGGACGCAGCGACGAUUCGGCUAUCACCGGAGUCGGUGUUUGGGACUGCACUCCUCAGGGUCGUUUGUCAAUCAAACGGAUUGUAUUGGUCAACAGCAUCGAUCCAACUCGUACAGAACCGUUCGCGUAUGGUGAAGCGAAACUCUCAUGUCGAGACAAUGGCAACGAAUGCUCCGGUCCGCAAGCAAUUUAUGUGGUACGCAAAAGGGAACUACCGAACAAACGAGGCAUGUUUCCAUCGGCUUACAAUUAUGAAAACGAGACAAUAACAGCAAUAAAACUGAGACCCAUCAUGCCUUAG